GACAAGUGACAAAAUCCACAGCCAGAUGACUGUUGUAUGGAGAAGAGUUGGAGUAAGAAAUCUUAUACGUUAUAAAGGAAAGCUAGCUGACGCCAGAUCCAUACAUUAAUUUUUUUCCCUCAUUUGAAGAAUGGACUUAAAGAGCCAAUUAUUAUAACUAUCGUUAGCUAGCUACCAUUCACCACUGUCAGACGAGAGCCGGCGGAGGGCGAGUUAGCUGCCAAGCUAGCUAUUCAGCUAAAUUGUGCUCAGAGCCACAUGACUCACUGCUGUCUUGACCUCUGAGGAAUAUACUGUCUUUGUCUGCAAGAAUGAACGCUGACGUUCCUUACGAAAAGCUGGUCUCCAUGAAGAUUUCGGAGGAGGAGAUGCAGUCUCACCACCGAGCACAGAAGUAUUACAGGUGUGUACCGCUGUCCAUCAGUCUGGCCACGCUCCUGCUGUCCGUCAGUCUGGCCACGCUCCUGCUGGCAGUCAUGCUCCUCCAGAGCCUGCAUGUCCCGCUGCUGAGCUCCCCUCUGGACCCUCCCUCCCCCAAGGGCCCCCUGCCCCACAGCAGUGCCUGCUCUGACCCCUGCAGGAUUGUCCUUGUGGAGAGCAUUCCAGAGGGACUCGAGUUCAACUCCAGCACAGCCAACCCGUCCAUCUACCACACGUGGCUCAACUUGAUGGAAGAGGCACAGAGCAGCCUGGACAUUGCCUCUUUUUACUGGACGCUCACCAACAAAGACACGGGCACCCAGGAGCCCACAGCCAAUCAGGGCGAGGACAUCCUGGAGAAGUUGUCCCGGCUGUCUGGGGAGCAGAGCGGGGUGUCCGUCCGCAUCGCCGUCAACACCCCCUCGGAGUCUCAGCCCCAGGAAGACCUCAACAUUUUAAGCAGAGCGGGUGCCGGCAUACGGAAGGUGAACAUGCGGGAGCUGACCACGGGCGUGCUGCACACCAAGUUCUGGGUGGUGGAUAAGAAGCACAUCUACAUCGGGAGCGCCAACAUGGACUGGCGGUCCCUGACCCAGGUGAAGGAGCUGGGGGCUGUAGUGUACAACUGCAGCUGUCUGGCCGAGGACCUGGGAAAGAUCUUUGAGGCCUACUGGUACCUGGGGGAGGCUGGAAAGAGCAUCCCGUCCCCUUGGCCUGCCAGUUACUCAACCCUCUACAACAAGGACACCCCCCUGGAGCUGCCCCUCAAUGGAACCCCUUCGAGUGCCUACCUAUCGAGCUCUCCCCCAGCCCUCUGUGCGGAUGGUAGGACCCAGGACCUGAAAGCCAUCCUGAGCGUGAUACAGGACGCCCAGCAGUUUGUCUACAUCGCUGUCAUGAACUACCUGCCCACCAUGGAAUUCUCACACCCCAAAAGGUACUGGGCGGACAUCGACACUCAGCUGCGCCGCGUGGCGUACGAGCGGCGCGUCCGCGUGCGUCUCCUCAUCAGCUGCUGGGGAAGCACCCAGCCGGCCAUGUUCCCCUUCCUGCGCUCCCUGGCAGCCAUCAAUGACGCCAAGAGCAAGCUGGACAUCCAAGUCAAACUGUUUGUUGUUCCAGCCAACCCACGUCAGAAACUGAUUCCCUUCGCGAGAGUCAACCAUAACAAGUACAUGGUCACAGACAAGGUUGCUUAUAUAGGAACCUCAAACUGGUCGGGUGACUACUUUGUGCACACGGCGGGUUCGGCGCUGGUGGUGAACCAGACUGCGGCCGAGUCGACAGAGGCGAGUGUCCAGGAGCAGCUGCAGGCCGUCUUCGAAAGGGACUGGGACUCGGACUACAGCACUCCACUCACCCAGAACACCAACCUCCACAACCUGUGUUAGACUCCACCUUCCUCCCCUCUGCGGUGUUGCUCUGAGGACACUAGGGGAGCCGUAGACACUGUUUGAAUGUCCCAGGCGGGCGCCUGUAUAGGUGACGCUGCAAGAAACCUGAAGGGUGCCUUUGACGGAGCUCCCGCAAUGCCACCUCCAGCCAGAGUGCCCGUAUAACGGUGCUAUCACGCGUCCACAGGGUGAUGGUGUCA